AUGUCAAUUAUGAGUAUCCCAUUCUACUAUUAUAUCAUUAUCCUGAUACUUCUGGCGCCUUGAUUGAUCAACAUAAUCCUAUGAAUUGCUUUAUGAAAAUAUUCAUUCCGAAUGUGCACCUGUGGUUACUUCAAAUAUAAAAACAUCAGAAUGCAAUUACCACUCGUGCACAUUCAAAUAAACCAACUCAGACUUUUCUAUCACAACAAGAGACUAGUUAUUUUUGUCCAAGGAUUGCAUAUAGACCUUAUAAAAGUCGAGCCAACUGAAUCCACUCCUUGAAAAGAAAAUGCUUUUAAGAAUUUGCUGUUCAGAAUAUUAAUAUACAGUUUUUGAGAGUCGAAAAACAGGGCCUUGGUUCUCUGGUUUACUAUUCUAUGUCAGAAUUUAUUGCCCUAAAUAUUCUAUUAGUAGCUUGCGGCUUGGUCUUCUGAAAACAUAUUUUAUACCAAAUUUAAUUUAACAAACCAACACAUUAUUAGUUUGCUGAAUCUGAUCGGGAUAUGAAAUUCAGUUUCCAUAUAAGAAAAAAUGUCAACAGAUUUUAAAAUAAAUUUUCUGAUACCCUUUUUUAAGUCCCUGAAUUAAUUUUUAAUUUUCUAUUAAUCUUGGUCCUAUAUUAGAAAAAGAAUUACUGAGCAUUCUACUGGAGAUUUUAGAUGAUAUCAAUAAAGAAGCUCUAAGACUUCAAGAGGCAUCUAUCUCUCUGUCGGCAUGUCACCCCAUCGAAUUCGUAUUUUUUAGUUCAUGUCCUAUUUUUCCAGUUCAGUUCAUUUUUAAUGCAUAAUCCAUAAGUCAGCAUUCUACUGGAGAUUUUAGAUGAUAUCGAUACAGAAGCUCUAAGACAUCAAGAGGCAUCUAUCUCUUUGUCGGCAUGUCACCCCAUUGAAUAUGUAUAUUUUUUGUUCAUGUUCUAUUUCUCCAGUAACUUCCAUUUUUUUAUGAAUCAUCUGUAAGUCAGAAUUCUACUGGAGAUUUUAGAUGAAAUCGAUACAGAAGCUCUAGCACUUCAAGCAGUAUUUAUCUCUUUGUCAGCAUGUCACCCCAUUGAAUUUGUAUAUUUUUUGUUCAUGUACUAUUUCUCCAGUUCAGUCCAUUUUUUUUUAUGAAUCAUCCAUAAAUCAUCCAAGUCCAAAUUCUACUUGAGAUUUUAGACGAUAUCGAUACAGAAGCUCUAACAUAUCCAGAGGCAUCUAUCUCUUUGUCGGCAUGUCACCCCAUUGAAUUUGUAUAUUUUCAGUUCAUGUCCUAUUUCUCCAGUUCUCUCCAUUUUUUUAUGAAUCAUCUAUAAGUCAGAAUUCUACUGGAGAAUUUAGAUGAAAUCGAUACAAAAGCUCUAGCACUUCAAGUAGCAUCUAUCUCUUUGUCGGCAUGUCACCCCUUUCAAUCUUGUUAAAAUCCAUCCUGCCUGCUUAAUCAAAAAACCCAUCCUUUAUGAUUAGCAGGUAGCUCAUCUGCAAACCCAGCAGGAAAAUCCAGACAUUAAAUUAAGUAGGCAAACUCAGCAUGCAAGCACAGCGUGCAAACAGAGAGAUAGAUGCCUCUUGAAGUCUUAGAGCUUCUGAUCAGAAAAUUUAUUUUAAAAUCUGUUGACAUUUUUUUUUAUAUGGAAACUGAAUUUCAUAUCCCGAUCAGAUUCAGCAAACUAAUAAUGUGUUGGUUUGUUUAAAUUAAAUUUGGUAUAUAAAAUAUGUUUUCAGAAGACCAAGCCGCAAGCUACUAAUAGAAUAUUUAGGGCAAUAAAUUCUGACAUAGAAUAGUAAGCCAGAGAACCAAGGCCCUGUUUUUCGACUCUCUAAAGCUGUAUAUUAGUUCUGGGUAAAUAUCUGAUUUUACAAGUAUCCAGGAUUAAAUUUGACUAUGAAUUCAUGAGCUUUAAAGAAGACAUGGUAAUUGCAAACUUCGAGUGCAAUCCAGAAACAGCAGAAAUUUUGAUAUCAAUAAGAGCAAGCAGUUCUUCAAUUAUGCUUUAUGAUGAAAGCUUAAUUGAAAUUAUACCAAUCACCUUUAAACUAACUUGGCCAGGGUAUGUGUCUUUGAGAAAAGCGCUAACAAAAGGACAUUGCGAAAUAGAGAUAGGUGAAAUCAAAGGGAAUUUUGAACUUAAGAACUAUUAUGAUAUGAUUAUGAUCCCAAAGUCAGGGUCUGCUUCUGAAGAGCCUCUAUCACUUUCUCGAGAAAUUUUGGUAUUAGUGCAUACAGUAGAGCUAAACAUUAAAGGACUGGAAUUUUCAUGCUACUCGACUAAACUCACUAUGAACACAAAAUCAGAAAUCACAACUGAGUUAGACAUUUUUGAUAUCGAGCUGAAAAUGCCCAAUCAGAAUUUAGUCAAUAUUCCUAAAGUCACUUUCAGCUCAUGCAAAAUCUCUGAUGUUUCUGAAAUGAUUACAAAGAUUGAUAACCCUUCUAUAAAUUUAAACCACUCCUUAGCUGAGUUUAUUGCAGAUUGCAUUCCUCCUCAGACUCUCAAUCAAAUUGAGGUGAAAAAAUCUUCAGGAUAUUGAAUCCACAAUAUAAAUAUUAACACCCUCGCAAUAAACAUGCUAGAUUCUGAAAAUAUUCCUCUCAUUUUAGGAAAAUUUGACAAUUUCCACUUCACUUUCAGCCAAAAAGAAAUUUAUGAAUUUAAAACCUAUGCAAAUAACGUUUUCUUAGAUUCUUAUGAAGCUUAUAGAAUGAUUUUCUUUUCAAACCCUAUUAUGAAGUCUGUUAAAAAUGAGCUGGAAACAAAAAUUGAUGGCUUACUCCCCCCCCCUCCGUGAGCGAACAAAACCAUUAGAAAAAUCGCCAUUUUUUGACCAAAAACCCACCCUCCGUGAGUGAACAAAAAUUUUUUUUUUAGAAAAAAAAUUUAAUGGAAAAAAAAUUUUGAUAUAUAAGUGAUAAUUAGUAUAAUGAAAUCUAGAGCUAAUUCUGUUUAAUUUUAAACAAAUUGCGUUUUAAAACAUAAAUUUUGCAAAUUAAAUUAAUAUUUGCUUCCCAAUUUUUGCAAAUUAGGAUUUUUUUAAAUUUCGAAAAAAAUAUUUUUUAUAAAAUUUAUAUAUAAAUUUUUUUUAAAAAAAAAAAUUAACCCCCCUCCGUGAGCGAACAAAAUUUUUUUUGUUCGCUCACGGAGGGGGGGGGGGGAGUUAGAAAUCGAGUUAACCCAGAGUACUUUUGAGCGUAUUACACCUGUUUUUCUUGAUAUUUUAUUUACAAUAUUAAGCAAAGGCAAUAAAAAGCCAAAGCAGCAAGCUCAGACUCCUUUGAUAUUGAAAUUCAAUUUAACCAAUAUAAAAGCUGUAGCUAAAUUUUAUGAUAAUUUCGGGAUAGAAGUUCACAACCGAGUCUUUCUUGCAGAAGCAAGAGGACCUGAGCUAUUUUUUACUUUUUAUGACUCUGAUGUAUUUGGCCAUGAUAAUGGGUUCAAGAAAUUGCUGACAUGCCCGACUGGAAUUGUUCAUAAAUGGUACGAUGAAAACGGAGAUGCUCAGGUAAAAGUGCAUGGUGAUAAAGUUAUUUUGUUUCUCCCUUCCAGAUAUCACCUUGGCAAAGGAAUAUUUAAAGGUAUGAAUAAAAUUACCACAUUGACCAAGUGAACUAAGUGUCUUAUAAUACCUGAAGAUAUCAGAUUAACUAAAAAGGCUUGGGUUUCUGAAAAAGGGAAUAUUGAUUUGCUAUUUACAGAAUUCCAAUUAAUAGUAGAAGAAGAUGAGCUUAACGUUUCAUUGAGAAAAAGAGUCCAUGCUAUGAGGGAAGCUGACAUAUAUGCCUCGCUGCGCAGCGCUGUUCUUCCUCCAUUUAUCAGAGUUUGUAUGGAAAGACUAACAAUGACACUAAACAAUACCUUGAUAUCUGAUCAUGAUUCAAUUAUCGUCGCCUUGCAAGAAUUGGAUAAAUUUCCCGUCCCUCCGGUAUCAUUUUUCAAGAUAUUGAUGGCGCAUGACAUAGUUACAGAAAUAAAUAAUAUUACAGUUCAAAUCAGAGACUAUCCUUUUUAUUUAGUUACCUUAGCUCAUAUAACUGCCAAAAUGAGGUCAAUUCUUACAAGAAAUAAGCUGCCUUUAGAUUUCUGGGCUACAAUCAAAAAUCACUAUAAAGCUGAAGCUACUGUUGAAGGAGGAACAUGCGCACUCGGGAUUUGUAUAGUUCCUCUCCUUAAAGACUUGAUUAAUGUAGUGAAUCGAAUUUUGGUUACAAGAGAUCCAACAACAGCUAGAAAGUUAGAAACCAAAACUGUGAAGCCGAAUUUGAUUGACAGAUACCGUUAUUUCCUCAUUGGGGAUGCAAUUGCAGCUGUUAAAAAUUGAAAAGUAAUGAUAAAGAGCAACAUGAAUCCGUAUGACAACAGUGGGUUUGUCCUUGACAUAGGCAAUGUAGAUAUUAUAAGCAACUACGAUUAUUUAUCGCUAAUUGUAGAAAAUCUGAUGCUUUAUUCAGGCUCCUACAGAGAGCUGGUAAGUCUUGCUCAUCUUGAUGCAAAAAUUCAUUAUAAAUUUGUGUGUCAGGAUGAAAAUCACUGGAUUACAGCAACAAACCAUCAGGAAAUUGACCUUUUAAAAGAUUACCGAUGCUCAGAAUUGCAAAUACGAAUAAGCGCAGACAUUACAAAUGUUAACCAGAAAUCGUUAGUUUUGUGCUAUGACAUUUCACAAACUUUUCAUGUUGCCAAUCUCUUAAUGGUCUAUUUAAAGCCAAAUCCUAUUUACUUACAAGGAUUCAAAGGAGGACAAAAUCCUUUCGCAGAUUUGGUUAAAAGGAUUCAAAUAGAGAGAAUCAGAAUAAUAGGGAUGAGAAUAUUGAAGCUCACUCAUGAUGGCACUGGAUUACAGACAACAAUAGACACUGUUAAUAUGCAUGCAGACUUUCAGAAAUGCAAAAAUGCAUUACUUAUACCUUGGGAAAUGGUAAAGGCAGAAGGAGCUUGCUCUUUUAUUAGGCUUGGCAAGUUUGAUGGGAUUAAUUAUUUAACCUUAUUCCCUCACUCCUCAAACCCUAAUCGAACCCAUUACCAUCAUUGGAUCAAGUAUAGUUGAUAGAUUUUUCCAAGCUAAUUAUUUUAAGCGCUAACUAUAAGAGAAGGGAGAAAUGCUUGGAAAAUUAACUAAAAUCGCUUUUGAAUUGUUUAGAGCAGUAUAAUUGUCAUAUCCUAUGAUUCAUUAUUAUCAAAGAAGUUAGAUUUGGGAUGAGGUAGUGAAAUAGGCUUAAUAUCGUUUGAUCAAGGAUGGGCUAAUUUUCCAAAUUUUAGAAAGCUCAUUAGAUCAAGGAUGGGGGAGUGAGUUAAAGUUAAAAAUUUAUGCAGUCAUAAGUGGUAACCCCACUAGUCGGACUACCUUAACCCCAGGAAAGUUGCCUACGUUGGGUGCAUAUACACCUGAGUGAAAAUGGUGUAAGGCCUAACCAAAAUUUUUAGCCUCUUGAAUUUUCUGGGGAGACUAAUGUAACCUAAGAGCCAGCUCCAUAGGCAAAAAUCACCCUCUGUCGGGUGCCCUAAUAGUCCCGAUAGGCAAAGAUUAUGUGAGAGACCAAACCUGUCUAACUCAUUUGGUAGUGACAGGAAAACUUUCUGGGAGAACAAAACUUCCCUCUUCAGUAAGGCCUCCCCAAGCCCGAACGUCGACUUCAAAAGAGACAGAGACUCUGUUUUCAGCUUUAUUAGAAUGGGUUCGGCCUGCUUCAUCGAGAGUGUGCCUCGGAGACCAAUUUUCUUAAGCAUCACCAUUUUAUUUUGGAGGAGUGAGGAAUUUGAAAGAAAUGACGACAUAAACGCUGAGUCUGAUUUUGAAUUUAGCAAUGAAAAAACAAUGAUGACAUGUGCUUCGAUUGAAUAUAAUCAAGCCACUGAAGAAAGCCAGCCACUUCACAACUUAACUAUAAAAGGAUUUCGACUUCUUUGGACCUGCACCUUAGAGACAAUUUUAGCUGAUUUACUUAUUUUUGUCCCACCAGAAUUCGGAAAAGUUAUGAACAAGAAGCAUAAUUCACCAAAAAAACAAGAUGAGCCAGUUAUUAUAGAGGAGCCAGACUUGGAGAAAAAAGAAAACUCCCAAGAUGAAGAAAUAAAAAUAACAAGACUUCAAAAAUUGCUUUUUAUUGAAAUUGAUAGGCCACAGUUAAAUGUUUUAAAUGAAGACUCAUUAUCGCAGAUGCUUCUUAUAGGAGGAAGCGGGACUAUUGAAGUAAAUCAAGAAUUUUUGCCUCAUGAUGUGAUGGAAAUAGACGCAAAAAGAUUAAUUUUUGUAUGCAUGGAAUCCAUGGAAACCUUUGUGGCUCCAGGAAUAGUAGAUUCAGCUCGACCAGUGCUUUGGCUGGAAAGCUCUGAAGAGGUAUUAAAUUCUUUUAGGAAUGCAGGAGAUAAAGGGAAUAUUGAAGGCCUGCUAAGGAGAGUUUUUAUUUCUAGAAACAUGAAAUUUGAUAUCACGCUCUUCAGGCUGCCUUAUUGCCACUAUGAUUUUGUCAAAAAAUGUGAAAAUGAAGAUAAAUAUUUAUGGCACAACGAAAAAAGAGUAAAUAAAAUAAAUAUAAAAUUCCCUGAAAUGGAAUCAUCAAUGGAAAGUGAGCAUUUGUGGACAGUUAUUGACGUUAUACAGUCAGUGAUUAUGAGGGAUGCACAAAUUGGCAGCAUUUCUGAUAGCGAAUUACUAAUGGAGCAAGAAUUCAAAAGGUAUGGCAAAAAGCAAAUAGAAAAAGCAUUAACUGAAAAAGUGGCAAGCAUGCAGUGGAAUAAAAGGCCAAGGCUUACGAAAGCAAUUUCAAUUACCGCUGAAACUAUAUCAUUAAAAAUGACGAAAAAUAUGGAAACUCUUAUAAGUGUGAAUUUAUCAAUGAUCAGGUGUUUUGUCAAUUUUUUCAAUGAUAAAUCGUCACAAAAAAAUUUUGAGUUGCAUAAAAUUCAAGUUUUUCAUAACGGUUUACCAAUGCUAUCUCCAUUAUUAGCUAAUAAAGAUGAAUAUAUUGAUUCAAAUCUCAUGUUUAAUAUUAGACUUGCAGAUCGUUUUAUCCAAGGAAAAGAUUCAGCAUCAUGGCCAACAAUCGAUCACUUAGAAAUAUUUAUUUUCCCAUUAAGUAUUGAUAUUUCUACAGACAUUUAUAACGAUAUCUAUUAUUUCGUUUUCCCUCCAGUUGAUGAAGAAACAGCAUUUUUAGCUUCUCAAAGGGCAAAUAUGGGGAAAAUCAGACCACUUAAUAAAAGAAGAAGACUGCCUAAAUUCUAUAGAUAUGUCAACUUAAAUGAGAUUAAGGUUUCAUUGUCAAUUAGAGGUUGGAUAGGUUUGAGCAGAACGAAAAUAAAACUUGCCUCCUUAGUCAUCCAGUCAACAUUUAAAUCAUUUCAAGAACUUUUUGAUAAAUUUAUGAAUCAUGCCAAAAAGUGUGUUUUAUCGCAAGUUCCAUCAAUAUGUAUACAAAAUAUGGGGAUCGAAAAGAAAAACUUUUUGCCUACAACUGAAGUAUCUAGGACAAGCUCAUUCUUUGGGAAAUUUAGGAGAAAAAAAAGUAACGAUUUGUCAAUGACUGAAGAGGAAAAAGAAAAAGCAGAGGAGUAUAAGCAAGGAUUCAAGCUUAUGUUUGGCAAAUAA